UCCAGAUCGCGGGGAGGGAGAGAAAAGAGGAGGGGACUCCAGCGAAUCGUCGUUUAAGGGGAUGCGUUUGUAUAUAGUGCAUGUAUGUAUUGGGAUUUUUUACGGAUUCUAUUCACAUUUCUAACCUUUGCCUUGCAAAACGACGAGACGCCGCGGACAAGAGACAUUUUGUUAAUGUGAAACCCUGUUUACGCACGGGCAGCUUGCACAUCUACAGCCAUAUUAAAAGAGCCAUAACGCAAAAAAUGCACAUUUCUACCAAAUAUUAAAGCACUGGGAAUUCGGGACCGGCUCCGACCCGGAGGAUCUACUGUUGACUCGGAAGGAGCAUCGUAACUAAACAAUCCAGAGAUGGCACGGCUAUUGUUUUUGACUAUUCUCUGCGCGCUUCCACCUCUUGUUGUGCCCAUACAUAAUUCAUCGACUGGAGGCUGUGCCAUAAUUCGGCCUCCUAGAGACGGCGGGAUCCGCUACAGAGGCCUGACACAAGAGCAGAUUCGCAGUGUGCAGAUCCUGCCAGUGGAUUAUGAGAUCGAGUACAUCUGCAGAGGAAACAGGGUGAUCGUUGGACCAAAGGUCAGGAAGUGUUUACCAAAUGGCACAUGGACUGAUAUUACGCAGCACAGCAGAUGUUUAUUGCUCUGCCCGCGGGUGUGGACGUCACUGGAGAACGGGCGGGUGACAGCGAAACCGCCGGGCCCACCGGUGGAGGGGACCGUUCUCCAUUACAGCUGCCAUGCUGGUUUCAUCCUGGAGGGAAGGAACAUCAGCCACUGCACCAAACUUGGAAAGUGGGACGCACCCAAACCCACUUGUUUAUAUGACAGAAACUACACAGGAAAGAAGAAGCUGUACAUCGGAGCUCUGUUCCCAAUGAGCGGAGGCUGGCCGGGUGGCCAGGCGUGCAUGCCCUCGGCACAGAUGGCCCUGGACCUGGUGAACAACAGGACCGACAUCCUGCCAGACUACGAGCUGGAGCUCAUCCACUACGACAGCAUGUGCGACCCGGGAGAAGCCACCAAGUUGCUUUAUGACCUUCUCUACACUGAACCCAUCAAGAUCGUCCUGAUGCCCGGCUGCAGCGGUGUCUCCACUCUAGUGGCAGAGGCUGCUCGCAUGUGGAAUCUCAUUGUGCUUUCUUACGGCUCCAGCUCACCGGCUUUGUCCAACCGCCAGCGAUUCCCCACUUUCUUCCGCACUCAUCCGUCGGCCACUCUCCACAAUCCCACCCGUGUGCAGCUCUUCCAGAAAUGGAAGUGGACCCGCAUCGCCACCAUUCAGCAGACGACUGAAGUCUUCACCUCGACUCUAGAUGAUCUGGAACAGAGGGUGAAGGAGGCGGGGAUUGAGAUCAGCGUUCGCCAGAGUUUCCUCACCGACCCGGCUGUCGCUGUCAAGAACCUUAAGCGCCAAGAUGCAAGGAUCAUCGUGGGGCUCUUUUAUGAGACCGAAGCCAGGAAGGUGUUUUGUGAGGUGUUCAAGGAGAAACUCUACGGGAAGAAGUAUGUAUGGUUCCUUAUCGGCUGGUACGCGGACAACUGGUUCAAGAUCAAGGACCCGGCUAUCAACUGCACUGUGGAGAACAUGACAGAGGCGGUGGAAGGUCAUGUGACCACAGAGAUUGUGAUGCUGAAUCCGGAGACUGUCCGAGGCGUCUCUAACUUGACGUCUCAGGAGUUUCUGGCUGCCUUGAUGUCUCGUCUGGGAGGCAAAAACCCUGAGGAGACUGGUGGGUUUCAGGAGGCUCCUCUGGCUUACGACGCUGUUUGGGCUCUGGCUCUGGCUCUGAAUAAGACUGUGGCGCCACUGAAGGCCAAGGGCCGUCGACUGGAGGACUUCAACUACAACAAUCACGACAUCACUUCUGAGAUCUACAGAGCGCUCAACACAAGUUCCUUCGAGGGAGUCUCAGGUCAGGUGGUGUUCGAUGCUCAAGGUUCAAGGAUGGCCAUGACCCUUAUCGAACAGCUGCAAGGGGGCAGUUAUAAGAAGAUCGGCUAUUAUGACAGCUCUCAGAAGAACCUCUCCUGGUUCGGUAAUGAUGUUUGGAUCGGUGCCGGUCCUCCAGCCGAUCGAACAGUGGUUAUUGAGGAGUAUAGGUAUUUGUCUCAGAAGCUCUUUGCCGCCGUGUCUGUCUUCGCCGGUCUCGGCAUCCUGCUCGGCAUUGUGUGUCUGACCUUCAACAUCUAUAAUGGCAACGUGCGCUACAUCCAGAACUCCCAGCCCUACCUGAACAACAUGACAGCGGUGGGCUGCAUGAUGGCUCUGGCUGCAGUGUUCCCGCUGGGCAUCGAUGGUCACCACGUCCACAGAUCACAGUUCCCUGUUGUCUGCCAGUUUCGCCUCUGGCUCCUCGGUCUCGGCUUCAGUCUGGCGUAUGGCAGCAUGUUCACCAAGAUUUGGUGGGUCCACACCCUCUUCACAAAGAAGGAUGAGAAGAAAGAGAAGAAGAAGCAGCACUUGGAGCCAUGGAAACUCUACGCCACAGUCGGAGUGUUGCUGGCUAUCGACUUCCUGUCUCUCAUGAUCUGGCAGAUUGUGGACCCUCUGCACAUAACUGUGGAGAAGUUCACCAGGGAGGCCCCUAAAGUCGAUUUGGAUGUCCUCAUUCAGCCCCUGCUGGAGCACUGCAGCUCAGAGAAGAUGAACACUUGGCUCGGUGUCGUCUACGGCUACAAGGGUCUGCUGCUGUUGCUGGGCAUAUUUCUGGCUUACGAAACCAAGUCUGUGUCCACAGAGAAGAUCAAUGACCACCGGGCCGUGGGGAUGGCUAUUUACAACGUGGCUGUUUUGUGCCUGAUUACGGCGCCGGUGACGAUGAUCCUGUCUUCGCAGCAGGACGCCUCAUUCGCCUUCGCCUCUCUCGCAGUCGUCUUCUCAGCCUACAUCACGCUGGUGGUGCUUUUCGUCCCCAAGAUGAGGCGUCUCAUCACCCGGGGCGAAUGGCAGUCUGAGCAGCAGGACACGCUGAAGACCGGUUCGUCCACCAACAACAACGACGAGGAGAAAUCCAGGCAGCUGGAGAGGGAGAACCGCGAGCUGCAGAAGAUCAUUCAGGAGAGGUUCUCCGACUGCUGAGUUGGCUGCUUCAUCCAUCAUGGGGGACGAGAGAGGAGGCUCAACUGGGACAUUCUGGACUUGUGUCAGCAGAACUAGCUUUAGAGAAGCAAGUGAGGAGCAUAUGGUGGACUCUGACUGGAGCUUCCUCAUUGCUCCGACUCUUGACACCCUGUAGGAACAAUGUUUUAGCUCUGAAGAUCUUUGAAGUCAUGAACAUCACAGCCUUCCACCAGACAGGUCUGUGACAUCGGAGCGAUGGGAGAUUGUGUUGAGGCUGUAUUAUUAUGGGGUGUUUUAUUUCUCUGACAGUAUCAGGUUUGCGAUUACAACUCCAGACAUGUCACUAGUUUGGUUGCAGGUCCAACGGAGUUCGGUGUCUGAGUGCAAUGCCGCAUCCGUUUACACCAGUCUUGUGCUCAUCUCCUUUUCAUCCCUUGUCUCCCUCCAUGAGCAAUGAGCAACUUUAUGUAAACAAUAUUCCAUUACAUCAAUCAAUAAUAGUAAUGAGACACCUCUCAGAUUGAUGUUCACAAAGUGCUCUUAAGUUGUUUUUUGUUUCAUUGUGUCUUUUGGGACCAUUUUUAUGUUUUUAACAUGUGCUUUUGUGUUUUGUUUUGUUUUUUUUCAUGUUUUUAAUCACACAAUAAAGGUUUUAAUGUUUUGAAACAUUCAUACUUAUGUUCUUUUUUGUUAUACAACAACCAUUCCAUAUAUCCAUAUCCAUAUACUGUACAUCUUCUUCACCUCUCCUCUUUGGUUGUGUGAAGGGAGGGCUGUGGCGCUACUGCCACCUGCUGUCCGGUUGAGAUCAUUGCAUUGUAUUGAGAAAGUCCAUGUAGGGAAUUAGAACUGCACUUAAAAACAUCAGUGUGGGUGGGAACAAGAUGUUUGACACUGUCCGAGUGCAAACAUUAUUGCUCAAAUAUGCUUUUCAUUAAGUGUAUUUACAAAUUAGUCACACACUUUAAUCCCCAUAUAUUUCUAUAUUUUAUAUAUUCUAUGUUUAUAUUUUUGGCACGGCACAUUUGGUUCACCACCAAAGGAACCUCAGACAAAGAUCAAUUGUGCGUAGUCAAGAGUCCUGCAGAAAAUCCCUUUUAAUUUGUGAAAAAUUGUAGCUACCGACACUCGGCUAUUGUGGCAUGUUACAGUGGUACCUUGGUUCUCGACCACAACCCGUUCCAGACGGCCGUUCGAGAAGCGAAUUGCUCAAAAUCUGAAUCGAUUUUUCCCAUUACUAUGAAUGGAAAAAGAAAUAAUACGUUCCAAGCCUUAAAAUAGGCUUUUGUAGGAGUGAAUGUAGAGUGUCUGCGGCAGGUGCGCUGUUCGUCUAUGUGUGUGGCCGCUGCAUGUGGGAGGGGUUGCCAAGUGAGUGACGUCUCUCCAGAAGUGAAGAGGUGUCCGGUGCGUGUCCAGCUCUGAAUGUGCGCUUCUGUGCAGUUUGGCUGUGACAAAGUCAUAAACCAAGUAACGCUCUGUCCGAGACUCGCCUCAUCCCUGUCCCAGCUCCAGCCCACAACAGGAAAUCAAACCAUCAUCAAACCCUGGAGUGCGCGCUCCAGCCUCGGAGGUGUCGAGAUAAUUUAAUGUCAUCGUCCACCUCUAUCUCCGGACAAAGGAGGUGAAAGUGGAUCAUUUCCACGGCACACCGGUUGAAAAACUCUUAUAUUUACAGACUUCCUUGUGUGUUAUUAUUAUUAUUGUUAUCAUUAUCAUGUUUCUUGUUGACAUUAACUGUCAAUGAACGCUCAAAUGAAAUGUGAUGUCUGGCUGAUAAUUUCCAGGAGGUAAGCGAUAUAGAGAGCAGUAAUGUUGCGGCGUUAAAAUCUUCACAGGUGGAAAGAAAUACCAUCUGUGGUGUCACAGAUGAUGUUCCCUGCUCUUGCUGCCUUAUAUAACGUGAGCAUACGAGAGGACGUCAAUGUAGAAAGUAG